CCAAGUCCACGUGGCCUCACCGGUUGCCCGGUUGCCACCCUCCUCUUCAGCUUCCCACACAGACAACAACCCCACAUUUGUCCACCUUUCUUUCUUCCCCUCGCCUCGGUAACACAUACGUCGGAGAGGCGACUGUCAACAACCGGAUCAACAGCCACCAUAUCGCUCGUCGGACAACGUGACUACGGCGCUUUCCGUCGCCGGGGCGACAGGCGUUCAGUCUGCAAAUCAACUUCCUGCUCGGAUGUCAAAGCAGAUGAGCCAUCAUUUGGCUCAUUUUCCAGGAGACUGGAGCUCCUGACCACGUGGGAAAGUGCUGAUGGAGGUCAAAGCUGGUGCCGGAAGGACGCAUGA